AGAGGAAGUGAUAAGCAACUCUGCAGCAUGCUGCUAUUGUAAGUCUGGACUGCAAAUCCCAGAGACCUUGGAGGCAGCAGGAAGAGGAAGUAAACACACAGCCAGAGAGCCAUUUCUAGCGCUCCCUGGCUUCUGGCUUGAGACACUGCAGACAUGUGGCUGCAUUACCUAUAUCAAAGGCUGCAAGGUCUAGCGACAAAAAUGUUUGAGACGCAAUCACUUUCCUGUUCUUCCAAGGAUAGUAGUGAGCCCCCACCUGGCAAGAGCAAAGAGGUGCUCUUAGGUUAUCCAACCAGGUGUCGCAGUUGCGCUUUGGUAAAUACACCAUCGUUAUGUGUUAACAAAGUUAUUCAUCUUAUUCAAGAGCUGGAAGUAAAGCUUGAAAAAUUCUUUCAACAGUAUGAUCACAUACUUAAGGAGAAAAUUCUCUGGAUUUCAAAAGUGGGAAAAGAUGGUCAGUUAUCAAGCUCCUCUCCAUUGGAUGUUAAAGAGACUCCGAUAUAUUGUGAAGACAGCAACAUAUUAACCUUGAAGCAGGAAACUGAAGCUCUAUUAUCAGAAGUCAUUGAGCUAAUUAAGCGGCUAGAAGCUGACCGUAAAGAGGCUGAAGAAGCUUUGAAGUUCGAAAACCAGCGCAAGAAAAACCUUGGCAUGAAAAUUGAUUGUAUAUCGCUCUGGAGACUUCAGCAGCUUCCUGCAGUGGUGCAAAAAGAAUAUGAAGCUUGUGCUCAAGAUAUUUCAGAGUUGCAGUGGUAUUUUGACUGUAAAAAUCAUCAGCUACAACAGGUACAAAACCAAGUGCUUAAGAUAAAAGCAGUUAAUAAAAAGAUUCAGGAGCAUGUAGACUUCAUGAAGAAACACAGCCCUCUGCUGGAAGAAAAGCUGAAUCUUGAAGGCAAUGCUGUAAAGGAUGUAUUAAAGGAACAUGGAGAGGCAUCAGAAAUAUAUAACAAUAUUUAUCAAGAACUUAUGAAAGUCCAACAGACUUAUAAACACGUCUAUGAAGAAGCAGAGAAGGAGAGAAAAUCUAUGUCUCAGAAAAUUAAAUAUGCUGAGAUGCUGUUGAAUCAAUAUGAGAGUGAGUUAAAACACUCUGAAUCUUUUUGGACUGAAUACUGUAUGAAGUUAAAAGACACAGAGGAGAAGAUUAUAAAAGAUAAAAAACACCUUGAAGAGUUGAUGAAGCAAAAAAUAGAGAUCCAGGAGGACACACAAUCUUGGAACAGUAAAGUAAAAGAUUUGAACAAUAAAAUACCUGCUCAAGAGAAUGAGAACAACAAUUUAUUCUCUUCUUGUUCUGAAGUGAUUACAAUAUAUGAAGAUUUAAAGUCUGGUUGGGAAUCUGAAGUAUCAAAUAUGAAGCAAACCCUCCUCAAUACCUUUCAAGUAGUGAAUGAUUUGGAAUGUGAAAAUAAAGGUUUAGCGAGAGAAAAUGAAAUAUUUCUGCAAGAAAUCAGAGACAGUUCAAAAAGAAAAAUUGCAUAUCAGUCAGAAAUCCAGGCUAUACACAAAAACAUCCAGAAAACUGAAGAGCAAAUAAGAAAAGUGAAUAAAGAGCUAUAUAAUAUUGAGAUGUCUUAUGCAGAAAGAAAAUUAAAACUGGAGGGAUUGGAAGAAAAAAUAAUUCAAGAAAAAGUCCAGUACAAGAAUUUGGAAGAUAAUUUAAAAUGUGUAAUUCGAAGUGAAAGAGGAACUUGGCAAGCAACUCAGGUGAAGAUUAAAACAAUGUCUGCUGAAUUAGAGGAAAAGCAAAGAGAAAGCUUGAAGAAUAAAGAAGCAGCUUUAAAGAGAAUAGCUGACAUUGUGGAACCACUGGCUGACCUGGAAGCAAAAUUUAAAAAAAGUAAAAAUACAUAUAAAGAAAAUAAUAAGAAACUCUCCAAUUUGAAUCGAAGGAUACAAGAACUAGAUGAACAGCAGAAACAAGCAGAACAACAAUUGGAGCACAGAAAGAGUAUUGUGCAGAAACAAUUAAGUGAUACACAGGGAAAAUAUUCAGAUGUUUCCACUCAGCUUGAUGAAACAAUUCAUAAUAUUGAAAAUUUCCAAAAUAGAAUUUGCGAAUUAAAUGGAUUAUGGGACUUGAAGCAAAGACAAAUGGAAACUACAGAGAAAUCGCUUAUAGAGUUAAGGGAAAAUUUAAAUGUUGUAAAGUUUAAGCAGCAGACUUCUCAGAUGAUAACUGAUCAUCUCCAAGAUGAACUGGAAAAAUAUGAAAAGAGAAUAAAGUAUGAGGAGAAAAUAUAUGGAGAAUUACUAUGGAUUAGACAAAAAGAUCUGGAAGAUUUGAGGGUGGCACUGGAACAGACAAUAAAAGAAAAUUUUUGGUUAGCUCAAGACUAUCAGAUCUUUCAGAACUAUUACUUAAAUGAUAAAGACAACCUUAUGGAUCUCUAUGACAACAAGGUCAAGGUAGAAGCUGCGGUUAGAGAUCAUCAGGAGGGGGAGUUGUCAAAAACAAUCCAGCACAUCGCGGCUUUCUUGCAUUCUUUGACAGAUGGCUCAUCUACUAAAGAUGGCAGUGCAAACAACCAGUGUAUCUUGGAUGCUGAAAUAAAAGACAAGAAAAGUCACACAGUUCAGAUAACAGUGUAAUUGGACAUUCACCUGUUUGCCAUUUCACACUUCCAUGGACGAAAAACUCACUCACCUCCCAGCAUGCCUUGCCAUUCUUUUACUUACAGCAAAUCCAUAACAAUGAAACAGGUGACUUUCAUGCUGCUGUCAGGAACGAUCUAAUUUCAGCUCUGGGUGACUGAUUGCAAUUGGCUUUGCCUCAUCUGAUAAUUAAUCUAUGUCACCAUUAAUUGGAAGAGAGAAUAAUUACUGGCGGUGUUGACAGUGACUGUACGCUUCCCCAGAUUUCCCCAUCGUGUUGGCCCGAAUAAAAGCUUUGCAAUUCAGUACUUAAAGUUUAUGUAAACUGUAACAAUACCUAUGCCCAUGUGACACUUUCAGACACUCUGUCUAAUGUACUUUUGUUUUUGUGUUUACCGGUCUUUUUAGCUCACUGAGAGCUGUCUUCCUCAAUCACUCCUCAAUGUUCUAUCUUAAUUUUGUGGAAGUUUAAAGUUUUCAAUGAGCUGGAGAUGAAUGAUUAAUGAAUAAAUUUAAAUGCUUCAUUUUG